CCAAACCAGAACGGCCAAGGGAAGGAGAGCAAGGUAACCAAACGGCCAAAGCGACGGGUUCUUCCUUUCUGUUCGCCGGCCCAUGGGGAAGUACAUGAGGAGGAGGCGCAGCAGGGGUGCUGCUCUAGGGGAUGCCGAGGCGGCGCCGGCCGCGGUGGUGCUCGGCGGCGGCGUCCGCACGCGGUCCCGCUCUGCGGCCGUCGUCGCGGGAGCCAACCCCGACAAGAGGAGGAAGCAGGCCACGACGGCGACGGGACCGGUGGAGGAGGCCGGGUGCUACCUCCAUCUGCGGAGCAGAAGGCUGUUCAUGCCGGUGGCGGUGGCGGCGCGGGGUGAUCUGGGGGUGGAGGAGGCUUCGACGUCGAGGCUGGCCAAUUCAUCUGCUCCUUCAGGGGAGGCGAUCGCCGCCGGGAUCUCGCGCUGCUCUAGCGCCGCGUCGUCGGCGGCAGCUAGAGAGAGGAGCGGCGGCGAGGCCGAGUCGUGUCCUGGACUACAGGCGUGCGAGAGCCGCGACGACGUGGAGACCUCCGCCAGCGACUCCGAGUGCGGCGCCAGUGUGUGGAGGGAGACGACGCCGUCCAGCCAGCCCCCAGCAGUAGACGACUACAUCAGCGACCUCGAGUCGAGUCAGGCGACGGAUGAGCACAGGCACAGCAAACGCUGCAGGAGGACUCCAGCAACAACGACGACCACAAACACCACGGCAUUCCACCUACAAUCGAGGGCGAGGAUGCCGGCUGCGGCAGAGAUCGAGCAGUUCUUCGCUGCCGCCGAGAAGGCCGAGGCCGAACGCUUCGCCGCCAAGUACAACUUCGACGUCGCGCUCGGCCUGCCGCUCGACGCCGGCCGGUUCGAGUGGACGCCGGUGGCCGCCGUCUGAGAAAGGCAACCGUGCAAACCUGCAACAAGGACGACCGGACAGCGGCGGCGCGCGUGGAAAGGAAGGGCUUGAUGGGAAGAAUGGGAGAUGCUCCCGUCACAUCCCAAAGGGCCGGUAACAGUAAAGAGAAAGAAAGAAAAGAGGGUGAUCAAAGAUUGAAAAGGAGAGAAUAAUUAUGCAUAGCCUAGCUAGCCGUAGUAGCUUCAGCUCUCUCUCAUCAGCCAUGAACCCCUGUUCUCCAUUGUUUACACUUCUGUUCAGUCCACCGCGAUCGAAAACAGGUUCGGCCGUUGUGUAACUCCUGUCUUCUGUUUUUGGGUUGGUAUCUUGGAGUGGAGGCGGCAUUCAAUGCGCAUCUAAGCGGCCGACAGGCUCUGCUCUGCGCUGCUGUGCAAAGCCUGCGACAGUUAACAACCGGCACCAUCUUUUCAGCU